GGUCUGUGCUGAACUGUGCCCCAUGGCUGCGCUCGAUGUGUCCGUGUGAAGUACCGCUUUUCACUGUAUCUCGCCUCUCUUGACAGUUAUUUUAUUUUGUCCUUCAACAGUUAAGACCGUCUACCCCCCCAUCCCCCCGGUCCACCUUAAGAGGCACUUGAGGAGGGACUUCACCUCCAUGUUGGAUUUACACUCCGACGGUCUCGACCGAGCCUCGCGCGCACUGCGCUUCACCGGAAGGAGCAGCGGGGGAGCGCGAGAGGGGGGGAUUCUCUGCUGGGGGCGGAGGGGGGGGGAGGAACAUGGCGGACGGCGGCGGAGACCUGGACGGAGACGAUGAUCCGCCCAACAUCAUCGGCUACCCGGUGGUGACGGUUUCGAGCGCAGGUCGCAACCUGAAGGAGUGGCUGCAGGAGCAGUUCUGCGACAAGCCGCUGGAGCAGUGUGAGGACAUGCGCCUUCACAACGCCGCUUACGUGGGCGACCUGGACACCCUGCGCCACCUCCUGCAGGACAAUACCUUCCAGAGGCGGAUCAACGAGAAGUCGGUGUGGUGCUGCGGUUGGCUGCCCUGCACGCCGCUGAGAAUCGCCGCCACCGCCGGCCACAGCGAGUGUGUGCGCUUCCUCAUCGGCCAGGGGGCCGAGGUGGACCUGGUGGACGUGAAGGGCCAGACGGCGCUCUAUGUCGCCGUGGUCAACGGGCACCUGGACUGCGUGCGCAUCCUGCUGGAAGCGGGCGCCGACCCCAACGGCAGCCGGCACCACCGCAGUACCCCGGUGUACCACGCGGCCCGCGUGGGAAGGGUGGAUAUCCUGCGUGAGCUCAUCAGGUACCACGCAGAUGUGGACGUGGACCACCAGCUGGGCCCGAGACCCCUGUUCAGCGCGCGGACGCUCUCCACUCUGGUUGUGUGCCCGCUGUACAUCAGCGCCGCCUACCAUCAUCUGCCCUGCUUCCGGCUCCUGCUGCAGGCCGGCGCCAACCCCAACUACAACUACGGCGGGCCGGUGAGCCGCGAGGCGCUGGGGCGUGGCCUCGCUUCCUGCCUGCUGGACGCAGCACUGCGGCACGGCUGUCACGCCGACUUCGUGGCGCUGCUGCUAGACCACGGCGCCAACCCGUACCUGGUGCCCUGGGAGGAGCCAGAUCGGGACGGUGCCGGACGCACCAAGGUGGACCCCGAAGCUCUGCGCCUUUUCCAGGAGGCCCGCAGGCAUCCCUGCAAACUGACCCACCUGUGUCGCACCUGUAUCCGCCGGGCCCUGGGGAAGCGCCGUCUGGGGGCCAUCCCGUCCCUCCCUCUGCCCGACGCCCUCAAGCUCUUCCUGCUUCACGAAGACUGCUGAGCACCUGCUGCUCCGUGGAUGGAGUCGGAGUGCAGCGGGAAGGGGGCGGUCCUUCCUGUUCCUGGCCACGCCCUCUCGGCCAACACACAAUUGUGUACUGCGGAGGCGUCUCUGUGGCAAUGUACCAUUUGCCUGAGCUCGUCUAGGCUUCUCAGUGAUGUGUCUGAAGGAGUGUUUUGCCCUUCGCUCCCACGCCCCCGCUUCCCCAAGGCCAAAUGUUACGGUGAUGUGACGGCUGAGCGACAUCCCUUUGACCCUUGGACUGCUGCUUUAAGCCCUGUUUACAUUAGUGGGUAAGUGAAGGUGGCGCUGCGGUGCUCUUCUGCGGUCGAUUCCCGUUGCUUUACCUUCCUCUACGAGGACGACGCUUCCUCUCCCACCUGGGAACACUUAAGGGGCCUCAGGAAAGCAAGGUCCCUUAAGGGUUCACUGUCAACCAAUCGGCUCCCAGCUUGCUGGUCAUGUGAUCCCAAAAAGGAUGUGAUGGGAAAGCACACCGUGCCGGAAUUCGGACGACCUUAUGGUGAUGGGAUAGUGACAAACUCAGCAUCGUGAACAUGUCCAGGGGAAGGUCUGUCAAGACCCUCAGUUUAGUGCGCUCGCGUUGCCGUGCCAUCGCCCCCAACCCCACCCGCUGGAAUGACAUGCAUGCCUUCCUCUCAGCAUCAUGGUUCUUUGCUCUCUGCCUGAUUAUUGUGAAUGUGAGUUGUGAACUUAUUGCGUGCAGCUUUUCUACCAGGUGUGGGAGUGGCCUGUCGCUAAUCAGCAUCGACAAUCUCAAUAAAGGUGUCUGUGAGUGAAACACCACCUGUACCUGGUCCUCCUUGUGCAAGCGGGGAGUGAGAAGCAGUGAUUUUUCCCUCUCUCCAUUCAGUACUUGUGACUGUUUGGGUUUGAGACCAUUCUUGAUCCUGGGAGGGAUUCAGCAGCUGUGAGGGACAAAGGGAGCUCAUUUCACCAAGUCAGGGGAAAAAAUGUGAGCUGAUGGACUUUGGUUUU